AUGGGCAGUAGUGAGCUUUCCCUGUCUUGUAAUUGUUUACGGGUCUCGUGCGUGUAUUGUGUAUUGUUUACGGGUCUCGUCGUGUAUUGUUUACGGGUCUCGUGCCGUGUAUUGUUUACGGGUCUCGUGCUGUGUAUUGUUUACGGGUCUCGUGCUGUGUAUUGUUUACGGGUCUCGUGCUGUGUAUUGUUUACGGGUCUCGUGCUGUGUAUUGUUUACGGGUCUCGUGCUGUGUAUUGUUUACGGGUCUCGUGCUGUGUAUUGUUUACGGGUCUUGUGCCGUGUAUUGUUUACAGGUCUCGUGCCGUGUAUUGUUUACGGGUCUCGUGCUGUGUAUUGUUUACGGGUCUCGUGCCGUGUAUUGUUAACGGGCUCGUGCCGUGCAUUGUUUACGGGUCUCGUGACGUGUAUUGUUUACGGGUCUCGUGCUGUGUAUUGUUUACGGGUCUCGUGCUGUGUAUUGUUUACGGGUCUCGUGCUGUGCAUUGUUUACGGGUCUCGUGCAGUGUAUUGUUUACGGGUAUCGUGCUGUGUAUUGUUUACUUUCUCGUGCUGUGUAUUGUUUACAGGUCUUGUAAUGUGUAUUGUUUACGGGUCUCGUGCCGUGUAUUGUUUACGGGUCUCGUGCCGUGUAUUUUUUUACGGGUCUCGUGCCGUGUAUUGUUUACGGGUCUCGUGCUGUGUAUUGUUUACGGGUCUCAUGCUGUGUAUUGUUUACGGGUCUCGUGCUGUGUAUUGUUUACGGGUCUCGUGCUGUGUAUUGUUUACGGGUCUCGUGCUGUGUAUUGUUUACGGGUCUCGUGCUGUGCAUUGUUUACAGGUCUCGUGCUGUGUAUUGUUUACGGGUCUCGUGCUGUGUAUUGCUUACGGGUCUCGUACUGUGUAUUGUUUACGUGUCUCGUGCCGUGUAUUGUUUACGGGUCUCGUGCCGUGUAUUGUUUACGGGUCUCGUGCUGUGUAUUGUUUACAGGUCUCGUGCUGUGUUAUUGUUGUCUUGUGUAUUUAUUAGCGGUUUAACCUUGCUCUUUGGUUUGGGUUACAACCAUGUGUCUUAGUAUACGUGUUUGAUUUGAGCUUCGUUUCUGUGCCUUUCAAGGCAUGUUGUAUUUUUGGGUGGAGUAUUAAAAAACCCUAUUACGUA